GCGCGGGGGGCGCGGGGCGCGGGGAGCCCUGCGGGGGCCGGCGCGGCCCGGGCUCCCGGCCGGAGCAGUUUUCUCGAACUCGCCACCUCGUCCUCAGCGGGGCCGGCGCUGCCGGGAGACCCCGUCCACAGCGGCGCAAGAAAGGAGUGUCAUGCGAAAGGAACAGAAAAGAGCCGUCAGCCUUGGUGAAAGGGGAAGUUUUCUUUCCCGGUUGGUGCUUGGUUACUUCGUGAUUGGAAAAGAAGCCAACCUAGGUGGCUGAAGAGAUCAGAUUUUCGUAGUUGAACAGAUGAAGCUGACAAAGGACGACGUGAAGAUACUUUUCUCUGGGUCAUCGUGGGGGAUGAUGAUGAGUAAGUAAGCCUGAACAAGACAGAUUUGCAAUGAGGGCAGAGAUUUUGAGUUUUUGAAAUCAAGUAGGACUUUGAAACACUUGUGGAGGAUGCUCUUUUCCCAAAAAUGGAAGAAGAAAAAAUUUUCAAAGCACAAGUGUGAAAAGUGGAAAGGGGAGAACGACCAAGUCAACUUCAAGAAUUUCAGUACUUCAUCAGCUCCUUUGGGCAGACGCAGGCACCAGCAUCAUCUGUGUGGGUGAUUUUAUCACCAGACAUGGUUUCCUAUCCUAGGAAUGGUUUCUUAAUUUGCAUUUUUAGAGUACUUACUUUUUUUUUUUUUUUUUUUUUUUUUUAAACAAUGUGUGUUUUGACUCUUCGUGUUAGAUUUAUGUAAAGGAAGUAAAUCCCGAAUUCCUAGUAUAUUUGACUCUACCACUGUUUGCUGUGUGAUACAGAAACAUUAGAGGUUUUAACGUUCCUUGAGAUUUUAUUGGAAGCAAAACUGUGUCAGGGACACAGAUAGAUGCUGUAAGUUUGUCUUUUUGGCGACCCUGCUUGCUUUGAAUGAACCGAAUGGCAGCUGGAUUUCACAGCAUGUAUGAUUUACAGUCUGUUUUAUCAAGGCCUUAAAUGUAUGUCUUAUCCUAGGCAGAUGGGAAAUACGCGGAGCACUGUGUUUGACAUGUAUGCCUAAGGAAGGGAACUCCCCGAUGGAUCAUGGCGUUAAUGUUUACAGGACAUUUCUUAUUUUUAGCUUUAGUGGUGUUUGCUUUCUCUACUUUUGAGGAAUCUGUGAGCAAUUACUCUGACUGGGCAGUUUUCACAGAUGAUAUAGAUCAGUUUAAGACGCAGAAAGUGCAAGAUUUCAAACCCAAUCACAAGCUGAAGAAAAGUAUGCUUCAUCCAAGUUUAUAUUUUGAUGCUGGAGAAAUCCAGGCAAUGAGACAGAAGUCUCGUACAAGCCAUUUGCAUCUCUUUCGAGCUAUCAGAAGUGCAGUAACAGUUAUGCUGUCCAACCCCACAUACUACCUACCUCCACCCAAGCAUGCUGAUUUUGCUGCCAAGUGGAAUGAAAUUUAUGGUAACAAUCUGCCUCCUUUAGCAUUGUACUGUUUGUUAAGCCCAGAAGACAAAGUCGCCUUUGAGUUUAUCUUGGAAUAUAUGGACAGGAUGGUUGGCUACAAAGACUGGCUAGUUGAGAAUGCACCAGGGGAUGAGGUUCCAGUUGGCCAUUCCUUAACAGGCUUUGCCACUGCCUUUGACUUUUUAUAUAACUUACUAGAUGAUCAUCGAAGACAAAAAUACCUGGAAAAAAUAUGGGCUGUUACUGAGGAGAUGUAUGAGUAUUCCAAGGUCCGUUCAUGGGGCAAACAACUUCUCCAUAAUCACCAGGCGACUAACAUGGUAGCAUUACUCACCGGGGCUUUGGUGACUGGGGUAGAUAAAGGAUCCAAAGCAAAUAUAUGGAAACAGGUUGUAGUAGAUGUGAUGGAAAAGACCAUGUUUCUGUUGAAUCACAUUGUUGAUGGUUCUCUGGAUGAAGGCGUGGCCUAUGGAAGCUACACAGCUAAAUCGGUCACACAGUAUGUUUUUCUAGCCCAGCGCCAUUUUAAUAUCAACAACUUGGAUAAUAACUGGUUAAAAAUGCACUUUUGGUUCUAUUAUGCCACCCUUUUACCAGGCUUCCAAAGAACCGUGGGUAUAGCAGAUUCCAAUUAUAAUUGGUUUUAUGGUCCAGAGAGCCAGUUGGUGUUUUUGGAUAAGUUUAUCUUAAAGAAUGGAGCUGGGAAUUGGUUAGCUCAGCAAAUUAGAAGGCACCGACCUAAGGAUGGACCGAUGGUCCCCUCCACUGCCCAGAGGUGGAGUACUCUUCACACUGAAUUCAUCUGGUAUGAUCCCCAGCUCACCCCACAGCCUCCUGCUGAAUAUGGUACUGCAAAAAUGCACAUAUUCCCUAACUGGGGUGUUGUCACUUAUGGAGCUGGGUUGCCAAAUACACAGACCAAUACAUUUGUGUCUUUUAAAUCUGGGAAGCUAGGGGGGCGAGCUGUGUAUGACAUAGUUCACUUUCAGCCAUACUCCUGGAUUGAUGGGUGGAGAAGCUUUAACCCAGGACAUGAACAUCCAGAUCAGAACUCAUUUACUUUUGCCCCCAAUGGGCAAGUAUUUGUUUCUGAAGCUCUCUAUGGACCCAAGCUGAGCCACCUUAACAAUGUACUGGUGUUUGCUCCAUCACCCACAAGCCAGUGUAAUAAGCCCUGGGAAGGUCAACUGGGAGAAUGUGCACAGUGGCUCAAGUGGACCGGUGAGGAGGCUGGUGAUGCAGCAGGGGAAGUCAUUACUGCCUCUCAACACGGAGAAAUGAUAUUUGUGAGUGGGGAAGCUGUGUCUGCUUACUCUUCAGCAAUGAAGCUGAAAAGUGUGUAUCGUGCUUUGCUUCUCUUAAAUUCUCAAACGUUGCUGGUUGUUGAUCACGUUGAGAGGCAAGACAAUUCCCCAAUAAAAUCUGUCAGUGCCUUCUUUCAUAAUCUGGACAUCGAUUUUAAGUACAUCCCAUAUAGGUUUAUGAACAGGUACAAUGGCGCCAUGAUGGAUGUGUGGGAUGCACACUACAGAAUGUUCUGGUUUGACCAUCGUGGCAAUAGUCCCAUUGCUAGUAUACAAGAGGCAGAGCAAGCUGCUGAAUUUAAGAAACGGUGGACUCAAUUUGUUAAUGUUACAUUUCAGAUGGAAUCCACGAUCACGAGAAUUGCAUAUGUCUUUUAUGGGCCAUAUGUCAAUGUUUCCAGCUGCAGAUUUAUCGAUAAUUCCAAUUCUGGACUUCAGAUUUCUCUCAAUGUCAAUAAUACUGAACAUGUUGUUUCCAUCGUAACUGACUACCAUAACCUGAAGACAAGGUUCAAUUACCUGGGUUUUGGCGGCUUUGCCAAUGUGGCUGACCAGGGCCAGAUAACCCGAUUUGGUUUGGGCACUCAAGCAAUAGCAAAGCCCAUAAGACAUGAUAGGGUUAUUUUCCCCUUUGGAUUUAAAUUUAAUAUAGCAGUCGGAUUGAUUUUGUGCAUUAGCUUGGUGAUUUUAACCUUUCAGUGGCGGUUUUACCUUUCUUUUAGAAAGCUAAUGCGGUGGAUCCUAAUCCUUGUUAUUGCCUUGUGGUUUAUUGAGCUGCUGGAUGUGUGGAGCACUUGCACUCAGCCCAUCUGUGCAAAAUGGGCAAGGACGGAGGCCGAGGCAAGCCUGAAGUCUUUGUCUUCCGAAGGGCACCACGUCGAUCUUCCCAACGUCGUCAUUACCUCACUUCCUGGUUCGGGGGCUGAAAUUCUCAAACAACUUUUUUUCAACAGUAGUGAUUUUCUCUACAUCAGAGUUCCUACAACCUACAUCGAUAUUCCUGAAACUGAAUUUGAAAUUGACUCAUUUGUAGACGCCUGUGAAUGGAAGGCAUCUGAUAUCCACGGUGUGCAUUUCCGUUUGCUCCGAGGCUGGUUGCAGUCCUUAGUUCAAGACACGAAACUACAUUUGCAAAACAUCCAUCUGCAUGAACCCAGUAGGGGUAAACUGGCCCAAUAUUUUACAGCGAAUAAGGACAAGAAAAGAAAAUUGAAAAGGAGAGAGUCUUUGCCAGAACAAAGAAGUAGAAUGAAAGGCACCUUUGAUAGAGAUGCUGAAUAUAUUAGGGCUUUGAGGAGACACCUGGUCUAUUACCCAACCGCACGUCCUGUGCUCAGCUUAAGCAGCGGGAGCUGGACCUUAAAGCUUCAUUUUUUUCAGGAAGUUUUAGGAGCUUCUAUGAGGGCAUUGUACAUAGUAAGGGACCCUCGGGCAUGGAUUUAUUCAAUGCUGUACAGUAGUAAACCAAGUCUCUACUCUUUGAAAAAUGUACCAGAGCACUUAGCUAAAUUGUUUAAAAUAGAGGGAGGUAAAGGCAAAUGUAACUUAAAUUCAGGCUAUGCUUUCGAAUAUGAAUCGUUGAGGAAAGAAUUAUCAAAAUCCAAGUCAAACGCAGUCUCCCUGUUGUCUCAUUUGUGGCUGGCAAACACAGCAGCAGCCCUGAGAAUAAAUACAGAUUUGCUGCCUACCAGCUACCAGCUGAUCAAGUUUGAAGAUAUUGUACAUUUUCCUCAGAAAACCACUGAAAGGAUUUUUGCCUUUCUUGGAAUACCUUUGUCUCCUGCUAGUUUAAACCAAAUAUUGUUUGCCACCUCCACAAACCUUUUCUAUCUUCCCUACGAAGGGGAGAUAUCACCAACUAAUACUAAUGUUUGGAAACAAAACCUGCCUAGAGAUGAAAUUAAAUUGAUUGAGAACAUCUGCUGGACACUGAUGGAGCGUCUAGGAUAUCCAAAGUUUAUGGACUAAAUGCUGCAGGUCAGCAGAGAUUUGCACUAAUACUUUGCAACCCGGUUUGUGGAUGUGAAUUAACGAGAGUUUGUUUAUUCUUGUACUAUGUGUGUGUGUGUGUGUGUGCGUGUGCGCGUGUGUUCAGUUUGUUACUUGCACAGAGAUUAUUUUAAAAAUAGGCACCAUAUUCGGUCUAGCAGGAUUUAUUUUUACAUCACCGCUAUCCCUGCCUUUGUUUCUGAAUUUUUUUUUUUUUUUUCCUGCCGAAAUGUUCCUACUACAGAGGCAUAGAUGAAGUUACGUGAUGGUGGUCGGGGGAGGUAGGAAGAUUUUACAGGUUUUCGUCUAGCCGUCUGCCUCGUCUGUAACUGUGCUGAUCUAUCUUGGAACCUCAAACACUGCUAAAGGCCUUUCAAUUGCUGCUUUGCCCAAGCAUCUCUUCCUUUCAAGAUGGACUACAAAAGUUCCUUAUCUUUUUUAAAGGAUCUUCUAACACAUUUAUCUUGCACCAAAAAAAAAAAAAAAAAAAAAUUGUAUUUUUUUUUUUUUUAACUGUAUAUAAUGUUCAGUGUUAUCACUGGGGAAAUGGUGAAAGCUCCUAUCAGAACUAUAGGAUUCCUUCUGGAAAAAAUACAGAUGGAAACACAGAAUGAACAUUUUUUUUUUUGAGGUCAGCAGUAGUGAUCUCAAAAGCCUCCUUAAAGUUUUUUACUUAGAAGUAAUAAAGAGUCAGUCUUUGAACAAUCUGGGUGCCAAGGGCUGGUAGAGUAUUUUAGACUUGCCUGUCUGUUUAAAACUCUCUUUUCUCUUUCUUGCCUCCUUGAAGCUACAGCUGUUCCCAUCACACCACUUGCACCGCACCAUGUCCUUUCUGUCACUGUCAUGCAGAACAGUCCGUUGUUACUAAUUGUUGAAGUCCCGACAUUGGUGGGGAUUUUUUUUCCCUGAUGAUUAAUUUUGCAUUAAAGCCUGACACUUAGAAUCAAAUUUCUUUUUGUGGAAUUAUCACUGCAUGACUCAGAGAAAGCAAUGCCACUGCUGCCAGUGUUUUUUUAGACUGGAAACAGAGUUGGAAAACUGCCUGACUUAUCCUGCAUCCCUUUGAAUGAGUUUACAGACUGCCAGUGUCUGCAAAAGUUGAAGGCAAAUGGGAGAUGAUGUCAGAGGCAUCUGUUUCCUUUACCAUCUGCAUCUUAUUAUAAAUGUAGUCGUCAUAAAAUGUGGUUCAUUUUAUUUUGGUAAGCUCUGAAAUCAAAAUGCUGUGCCAUUAUAAGCCAGUGCAGUAAUUACAAUGCAUUGGAUAAAUACCAUUACGCAGUGUCGAGACCUGAUGAAAAUCUCUGUACAGAUUGCAGUCUUCCUGACGUUUCAGACUAGUUUCCUCAAGCUCUCGAACACUUGGGAGUCUGUCAUUCUGACCUAGAUAAAAGUGGUUCUUUCUCAGUAGUUUGUUAUGUCAAAAUGUGCCUCCAGAGUGAUAAAGCUGUGGAUAUGUUACAUUCCAGCUAAACCUAACGUGGCUGUCAUUUCUCUUCCACUAUAGCAUGAAUGCAGAUCGCUCAUGUUCCCCUACAUCUCCUUCCUUCCCACUGCUCUCCCUUUCUCUUCACAAUGUCAAAAUUAAUGCAAUCGUAUUGUAUUAAUAUAGGUUGAGAGGGCAGCUGAAGACCCGAAUCUACAGUUAUUCUCAAGGAAGGUUAUUCUACCUAUCUCAGGGUUAUCAACAACCAUGUAAAAAUUGCUCCAUGGAUGGGAACACUGUUUCCAUUAUUGGUCAUAGUGUCGGUGUUUGCUUUCAAUUCCCAGGAUGUGUGAUCUCAAAUCAGAUCAAAUAAGAAGGCUUUGGGUUGGCAGUAAUAGCAGAUCUGCUCAAGGUAAGAAUUACAAAUGUGUGCAGAAUCUGUACCACUGCCUUUUAACUUUGCAGAAACACCCCCACGGGGAAGGAGGGAACCAGGUUGAGUAUGGGGAGGAAUCCGAGGAGAGGUGGGGAAAACAAUAAAGAAUAGCUGUGUGAAUGAUGCGGGGGCAUGUUAUUGAUAGCUAAAGAAAGGGACAGAUUUACCAAAAUGUUCUUCACUGUGUGUCCUUUCACCCCCACACAGCAAUGCUAAGGUGAGUCUCCCUGGCACUGUCCUUGCCCACCUGCACCCCAAGGGAAAGUUUGCUGGAAGAGACCUCUAUUUACAGAUUUCCCACAUGAGGAAUGUGAUGGGUGAGGGAUGACCCAGCCAUUGGAUCUGCACGCAAAUGUUCAUGCUUGGGACCCCUUGCCUUAUACUAAUGCCUGAGUUGACUGGCACCCAGAAUAUCCAGGUCCUGCAUCCUUAGGGUGUUAGAUCCAGAAAAAUUCAAAAAGUCUCCACACUUAAUUUUAUUCUUACCAUCUUGAAAAUAAUUAAAGGGAUGAUUGUCACUAUGUGACACUUCUGUUUUUUAAUUUUUUUUUUUUUUUUUUUUAUGAUAGUCACACACACACACACAGAGAGGCAGAGACAUAGGCAGAGGGAGAAGCAGGCUCCAUGUACUGGGAGCCCGACGUGGGAUUCGAUCCUGGGUCUCCAGGAUCGCGCCCUGGGCCUUUAGCAGGUGCUAAACCGCUGCGCCACCCAGGGAUCCCACUAUGUGACACUUUUAAAGGAAACACCUGUCCUCUGUGUAAUUAACCCCUUUCUAUAUUAAUGUCCUCAGACUUAGAACUAAUUGGGAUAAAAACUGUUAUUAAAAUAAUAGAAUUUAAGUCUUGAAAUUAAAAAAAAAAAGACUUUACUCAUGAGUAACAAAUGCAGUGGUAAUAAUAUAUAUGGUUCUCAAAAGUUAGAAAUAAUGCAAAUGACUCACUUCGGAUGAAAGAAUAAGACCAUAUCCAGAACUGAGUUUACUGUAAUGAAUUCUGGAGAGAAUAGGAAGUAGGAGACUCUUCAGGAAAAGCAAGAUGAAUUGAUGAGUAUGCCUAAAUUUAAUUGAUAGAAACCUAAAGUGGCACAAGUUUUAAGCAAAUAACAAGAAUAUGUACAUAUUAGGUAAGUACCUGUUAAUAAAGGUUUUAAAUUAAAAAAAAAAAA